UUUGAGUCUGGUGGAGAGAGAGAGAGAGAGAGAGAGAGAAAGAGAGAGAGAGAGAAAAUCCCAAUACAAGUCUGGAGACGUUUGUCUGAGACGCUGAUUGUAUUUCUUUUGGCUGAACCAUAAAGAAGGGAAAAGAAGAGAACAAAGGCAGAUAGAGAAAAACAGAGAAAGAGAGAGAGAGAGAAAGAGAGAGAGAGAGAGAGAGAGAGAUCUCAGCCAUGAAGCCCUGCACAUGGAUCGGCUCUCUGACGUUCCUGCUGUACGUUUUUCCUGCAUACGCUGCUUACAGGGAAAGCAGACAAGUAUCUGUCGGAAAUCUACAAGGUGUCUGUCGCUAUGGCAACCGGCUGGACUGCUGCUAUGGAUGGAAGAAAAAUACAAAAGGCCAGUGUGAAGCCCAGUGUGAAUUCGGAUGUAAGCACGGAGAGUGCGUCGGGCCGAAUAAGUGCAAGUGUUUUCCGGGAUACACUGGCAAAACGUGUAGUCAAGAUUUAAAUGAAUGUGGGCUGAAGCCUCGGCCGUGUGAGCAUCGCUGCAUGAACACCUUCGGUAGCUACAUGUGCUAUUGCCUAAAUGGAUACAUGUUAAUGCCUGAUGGCUCUUGUGCAAACUCGAGGACUUGCUCUCUGGCUCACUGUCAGUACGGGUGUGAGGAAGUUCAGGGGGAAAUUCGCUGCCUUUGUCCCUCAACUGGUUUACAGCUCAGUUCAGAUGGAAAGACCUGCGUUGAUAUUGAUGAGUGCGUAACCGGGAAGCACCAGUGUCCAUACAACCGUGAGUGUGUCAACACCUUUGGGAGCUACUACUGCAAGUGCCAAGCGGGUUACGAUCUAAAAUACAUCAGUGGAAAAUAUGACUGCAUAGACAUCAAUGAGUGUCUUGCCAACACUCAUAAAUGUAGCCGUCAUGCAGAGUGUAUAAACACUGAGGGAUCGUACAAGUGCAAAUGCAAGCAAGGCUUCCGUGGCAGUGGGUUCGACUGUUCAGUAAAGCCCUUUUAUCACAGCAGCUCCUGGGACGCCGAGAAAGGCAGUGCUGAUGAAUUUCUGAACGCGAUCCCAGAAGUCCCUUCGAAGCCGCGCAUUCUUGGAGGGAAAUUCGAAAACGCCAUCCCGGAGCCCGGAGUGACCGGAUCCCCGAAAGUGCACCUACAGCCGUUUGAUUACGAUGGAGACGUUUACAUUGGGCCAAGACAGGAAGUGACACCACUGAUAGCGACCGGAGAGGAAGAGGAGCUGGAGGAGGAAGAGGAAGAGGAAGAGGAAGAGGAGGAGGAAGGAAACGGAGUGGACGGUGAGAGGCUGAACCCCCGAGGAGAUGUGUUCUUUUCUGACGUCGUCUACGGCCGGGGAACAGAAUUUAAGGAAAUCAACGCAGCACCUCUACAGGAAAGAUUCCUCACAGAUUGCAACUUCGAUUCGGGGGAAUGUGAAUGGGUUCAGGACAAAGAUGAUGACUCGGACUGGACCGUCCAUUACCACGAAAACGGAUUGCAGUACUACAUGGCGCUCAGUGGAAUUGUGGGUAACUGGAGGGAGCAGGCCAAGCUGAAGCUCCUCCUCCCUGAUCGGGUUCGUCAAGGGGCCUUCUGUGUAAGAUUCAGCUACAGGAUGGCUGCAGGGCUGCAGAGCGGAGCGCUGCGCGCGAUGACGGAAAACGGAAAAUCCCGCCACGUCCUGUGGGAACAGAGACGCGGCCGGGACGACGGAUGGCACACGGAGAACGUCGACGUGGCUUGGAGAGACAGAGCUCCUGAAUCGGUCGUCUUCGAGGGGACGCGCGGAAGCCUGGCGCGUGGAGAAAUCGGCCUGGAUAACGUGGUGCUGAUCUCAGGGAGCUGCCGUGAUGCUGAAGAGAAACUUUUUUAGAGAGAUGUUCUUAAGGAAAAUGUGUUAAAAACAUUACUGAAUACGUUAAAAAAAAAUUAAUUGAGUCGUUAAAAAAAAAAAAAAGGUUGAUGGAAGUAACAAGUAUUAGAUAAAAUUCCCCAAUAUAUUUUUUUUUUUUUUUUUUUACAUAUAAAAGCAGAUGGUGAAAUAAAUACGUUUCCUGAAUAAAUAACGUAAGAAAGCCGCGACAGCUUCAUUACAUUCUCCAGGAAGAAAAACGCAAAUAAAAGUGGAUUUCUUUAUUGUCAAUAAAUAAAUAAAUAAAUAAA